AUUUUAAAUAGUGGUGCAAACAGGACAGAGGUUCUGGGUUUUCUUUUCACAUUACAAAGUACAAACCCUCUGCAGCAGGAGCGUACGCAUAACUCCCCGCCGUCCGGACAUUUCUUGGUUCCUGUCGUUUGAUGUUGACGUUAUAACCUGAUAUUGCACAAGAUUCACCAUGGCAACUAUGAGAGGCUGUAAUCAAUUUGAAGGAUGAACCACUGGACUUGUCUAUAAUUUUUGAAGGAGGAAAGGGUUGUAACAGCAGAUUUUUGUUCCAUCAUCAUAUUAUCUGAACUUCUGGUAGAAAAUGGCAGCUGAAGAUGAUAGGAAUCUUGUCGAAAUCAUGGAAACCCUGAAUCCAAUAGAUGUUGCUAAAUACAUGAAUUUUGUUGGUGCCCCCCAAGCUGGUGCUAUAGCUACAUUUUCAGGCACAACUCGCGACACCUUUGAAGGAAAAACAGUCGUGGAGUUGAGAUACGAAGCUUAUGUUCCAAUGGCAAUACGCUGUAUCAAGUCAAUCUGUUCAUCUGCUAGAGCAUCCUGGAACAUACAUUCUGUUGCUGUUGCUCAUCGUCUAGGCACAGUGCCUGUUGGUGAAACAAGUGUCUUCGUUGCUGUCUCGUCUGUCCACCGGGCUGAUGCGCUGGAGGCUUGUAGAUUUUUGAUAGAUGAGAUAAAAGCACAAGUUCCUAUUUGGAAAAAGGAGGUCUAUUCAAAUGGGGAGGUUUGGAAGGAGAACAGUGAGUUCCUAGAGAGGAGGUCUGAGCUUGGUAACAAGAAUGCAGCUUGCUGUGGGAAAAAGGCAGAAAUUAAAGAGCACAACAAAAAGUCUUGCUGUAGGACCAAGGUUCGGGCUGAUGACGAAUGUAGCUAGAACUAGUAUCAAUGUUGGGGAUCAAAUAUACAAGAGGGUAAUUGCAAUUGUUGUAGUUUGAAGAAUAUGCCCCUUUUCCUCCCUUUGCAUUUGUCCAAUCAGUUGAUAAGAUUGUAUUUUAGCUUUGAAGUCAAUAAGUUUGCCUAUUGAGAUAGAUAGGCUACUUUGAUAUCUCAUUCUGCCCUUUUUUUAGUUUAUUGUGAACAAAGGUGAUAAUGACAUAUUGACAGCAAGAGUUUUAUUAGAAGUUAAUUCCAAGACGUAUAUUUUUUGUAUUAA